AUGUCGCUGCCUCCACCUUUUGACAUCUUCAUAAACCACCGUGGGAUGGACAUGAAGCGCAACAUUGCUGCCUUGCUUUAUGAUCGUUUCGUCCACCUAAAUCUCCAUCCCUUUUUGGACUAUAAGACCAUGAAGCUUGGGGACAAACUCGAGGAGGUCAUUGAAACUGCUAUAAGGGACUGUACGGUUGGGGUAGCCAUCUUCUCUCCAAAUUACUGCACUUCAGAAAACUGUCUCAAGGAAUUGGCUCUGAUGAUGGAAUGCAAGAAGAAGGUCAUUCCCAUCUUCUAUGAUGUCAAUCCCUCUGAUCUUGUGCUUGUAGACGAUGGAAUCUAUCCGACCAAGCAGCUGCAUAGGUUUAGACUGGCGCUUCAGCUGGCGAAGGGUAGGCUGGGCAUCUCUUUUAAUUCGUCCAAUGGGGAUUGGUCUGAUCUGCUGGAAAGAGUUUCGAACAGGGUCGUGGAAACCUUAACGGAAUUGGACCAGUGUCAAUAA